AAAAGACAACGCAGCUAGAGUAGAGUGCUGCACAUCUACGCAUCCUUCAAUUUCUUAAAUUAGCCACCUUCAGCUUCGAGAUACCGCCCCCAAUUUCAGUGUCGGUACGGAGCCGCCAGGCCGGGACAGAGACGGAGAGAGAGCCCUCGGCCAUGGAAGCGCUCGGACCCGGCCCGCCUGCCCCUACCUCUCUCUUCCAGCCACCACGCCGGCCCGGCUUGGGUACGGUGGGGAAGCCGAUUCGCCUGCUGGCCAAUCACUUCCAGGUGCAGAUCCCCAAGAUUGACGUCUACCAUUAUGACAUCGACAUUAAGCCAGAAAAGCGACCUCGCAGGGUCAACAGAGAGGUCGUGGACACAAUGGUCAGACAUUUUAAGAUGCAGAUCUUUGGGGACCGGCAGCCUGGUUAUGAUGGCAAGAGGAACAUGUACACGGCUCAUCCGCUUCCCAUCGGAAGAGACCGGGUGGAUCUGGAGGUGACGUUGCCAGGUGAGGGGAAGGAUCAGACCUUCAAGGUGUCUCUGCAGUGGGUUUCAGUUGUUAGUCUGCAGAUGCUCCUGGAAGCUCUGUCCGGGCACCUGAACGAGGUGCCAGAGGAUUCUGUACAAGCGCUGGAUGUCAUCACUCGCCACCUCCCCUCCAUGCGGUACACUCCAGUGGGUCGGUCCUUUUUCUCUCCACCAGAAGGUUACUAUCACCCGCUGGGCGGUGGGAGAGAGGUGUGGUUCGGGUUCCAUCAGUCCGUCCGUCCAGCAAUGUGGAACAUGAUGCUCAACAUUGAUGUGUCGGCCACGGCUUUCUACCGAGCCCAGCCUGUAAUCGAGUUCAUGUGCGAGGUCUUGGACAUCCAGAACAUCAACGAGCAGACCAAGCCCCUUACAGAUUCGCAACGUGUCAAGUUCACCAAGGAGAUCCGAGGACUGAAAGUGGAGGUCACACACUGUGGUCAGAUGAAGAGGAAGUACCGUGUGUGCAAUGUCACACGUCGCCCAGCCAGCCAUCAGACAUUUCCUUUGCAGCUUGAGAACGGACAAGCAAUGGAGUGCACAGUCGCUCAGUAUUUCAAACAAAAGUACAGCCUGCAGCUCAAAUAUCCCCAUCUGCCCUGCCUCCAGGUGGGGCAGGAACAAAAGCACACCUACCUGCCUCUCGAAGUUUGUAACAUAGUCGCAGGACAGCGCUGCAUAAAGAAACUAACAGAUAAUCAAACCUCAACUAUGAUCAAAGCCACGGCCCGCUCAGCCCCAGACCGACAGGAAGAGAUCAGCAGACUGGUCAAAAGCAACAGCAUGGUGGGCGGGCCCGACCCUUACCUGAAAGAAUUUGGCAUCGUGGUACACAAUGAUAUGACAGAGGUGACUGGGCGGGUACUCCCAGCGCCCAUGCUUCAAUAUGGGGGCCGGGUGAGUACAGACACUGGGAGGGACUGUAGCAGGGGACUCUCUCCCCAGAACAAGACGGUGGCAACACCCAACCAGGGUGUCUGGGACAUGAGGGGAAAGCAGUUUUACGCGGGUAUUGAGAUCAAGGUGUGGGCUGUGGCCUGCUUCGCCCCUCAAAAACAAUGCAGAGAGGAUCUUCUCAAGAGUUUCACCGACCAGCUUCGCAAGAUUUCCAAGGAUGCAGGGAUGCCCAUCCAAGGCCAGCCCUGCUUCUGCAAGUACGCCCAGGGGGCAGACAGUGUCGAGCCGAUGUUCAAACAUCUAAAGAUGUCUUACGUGGGUCUACAGCUCAUUGUGGUCAUUCUGCCUGGAAAAACACCCGUCUAUGCGGAGGUCAAACGUGUGGGAGAUACUCUUUUGGGAAUGGCCACUCAGUGCGUGCAGGUGAAGAACGUGGUGAAGACCUCUCCUCAGACUUUGUCCAAUCUCUGCCUCAAGAUCAACGCCAAACUGGGAGGCAUCAACAACGUGCUGGUGCCACAUCAAAGGCCCUCUGUGUUCCAGCAGCCGGUCAUCUUCCUAGGGGCAGACGUCACUCACCCACCAGCGGGCGAUGGGAAGAAGCCGUCCAUCGCGGCUGUGGUAGGAAGCAUGGACGGCCACCCCAGUCGCUACUGUGCCACCGUGCGGGUGCAGACCUCACGCCAGGACCUGUCACAGGAACAGCUUUUCAGCCAGGAGGUCAUCCAGGACCUUACAAACAUGGUGCGAGAGCUGCUCAUUCAGUUCUACAAGUCGACCCGCUUUAAGCCGACACGCAUAAUCUAUUACCGUGGAGGAGUGUCUGAGGGACAGAUGAAGCAGGUUGCGUGGCCGGAGCUGAUAGCCAUCAGGAAAGCAUGCAUCAGCCUUGAGGAGGACUACAGGCCGGGAAUCACCUAUAUUGUAGUGCAGAAACGGCAUCACACUCGACUGUUUUGCUCUGACAAAGCCGAGCGGGUGGGAAAGAGCGGCAAUGUCCCAGCAGGCACUACGGUAGACAGCACCAUCACACACCCUUCAGAGUUUGACUUUUAUCUUUGCAGCCAUGCUGGUAUCCAGGGCACAAGCCGCCCCUCUCACUAUCACGUCUUGUGGGAUGACAACUGUUUCACGGCCGACGAACUCCAGCUCUUGACUUACCAGCUGUGCCACACCUACGUGCGCUGCACUCGCUCCGUCUCUAUCCCUGCACCAGCCUACUACGCUCGGCUUGUGGCAUUCCGUGCCCGCUACCACUUAGUGGACAAAGACCAUGACAGUGCCGAGGGCAGUCACGUAUCAGGACAGAGUAACGGCCGAGACCCUCAGGCCCUGGCUAAGGCGGUCCAGAUUCACUAUGACACCCAGCACACCAUGUACUUCGCCUGAUGUCAGCCAGCAGGAGACGCACCUCUACACUCCCUCUACGAUCUUUCUCUAUCUCUCUCUCUCUUCCUUGUUCUGUCGCGUCUUCAUCUGCAGCAAAGCAGUCCUGAAGCCAGAAGGCCAUACGUGAGUCCAGUUGUAUUCGGUCGGCCUCAGAAGAACCAACCUCUACCAGCAGUCCUGCACUGAGAGGUCUCUGGCCUCCAAUGCACACAAAAGUCAAAUUGAGCCAUUUUAACGUUGAUUUUUAUUUUUAUUUUGAAUGUCUUUUUAAUUUGUAAUAUACACUGAGUGUGAGCAAACCUGCGCCAUUGGUCAGGGCAGCUCCGGCUCUCUCGGCUAAGCUGGACUCUUGUCUACUUUUACCUCAAGCCGCCAUUGGCUGAAUCUUGUCACAUGUGUUUUGGGUGGGGCAGGGAUUGCACGUAGUGGGGGGAUUGAUUGUAAAGAAUGAAUUUGUUAUUUUCUUCUUUUUACGAUCGCAUUUGGACUUUCUCCUCUCAGUCUUUUACAAACGAGGUGACCCGGUUGUGUGUGUAUGUGCGUGUGUGUGUGUUUGUGUGUAUAUAUGCCCAUUACCUGCUCCCGUUGUGUUUGAAGUGCUUGUGUGAGUGUUUGUAUGCAUGCGUGUGUGUUCAUGUCUCAUGGCAGGCCACUGACUUUUAAAGGGAAGGGAAAUUUAGGCGCAAACUGCUGUAAAUGCCUCUUUUAUAUUAACACACACAGAUAUAUAAAAAUAUAUAAACUAUUUACAAGUCUAUAAACAUAUUCCACUUGAUGAUUUUACAGGCGUUCAUAAGCUGAAGGUUUUGUGUAGCAGUAGCAUUACCCAUGGUGGUUGGACCUGGGCAAACGGGACUCUGUACAUGUGCCAUUCUCACUGGAAACAUGUACGUUUUGUUUGAAUGGUUACUUUACAGGGUUGAAAGGUUAUGGCCAUUGCACAGUCAUGGACGAGGCGCUAAUGUCCCGUCUGAUAGGCUAGGCUUGCAACAUACAGCACUCUCCCUCUCUUCUUUUAUGCAUUUAUACAUAAGAUUCAAAUCAGAUUUGUAAGAGUUUAAUAUAAAAGUUAUUUUCUUUGUGGUAAACUUUAACGGUUUGUUGGAGUAGCUAAUCAUUCGUAUCGUCGUUCAUGUUGAUAUUGAUCGUUCGUCAGCAAUCAUUUCUGUAACCAGGAGUCAAUUUAGUCGUAAACUGAGAUGUGUUUUUUUUAUAUACAGCUUAAUUUCUUAGUAGCGUUGUGGCCAUUAUAACAAGGACCCAAAUUGCUUUGGUUUGUCCUCGAAGUUUUUAGCUAAAGUCAAAUAGCGGAAGAAAGUGACAUCCGAAAUUUUUUUGUGGGAGGAUGUUCGUCGAUGAAUUUUACACUUAAAAGUGUGUUUAUUACUUCAAUGUGUGUGUAUAUGAACUUGAAUCUAUAAUAUAAAUCUGAAUUAACCAUUUCUCGUUACGUAUAAAAUAUAGGACACCAUACAUUUUAUGACAUGAGCAUAAGCACUGCCUAAGCACCGUGCUGACCCGGGCGACCGGGUGAGGUCCUGACGGGUCUCCAGCGUGCACGCCUCGUCAGGUGGGCAGCUCACAGAAAACCUUUUGUAAUAAACCAUCCGUAAAGCAGCAGGUUUGCUAUGAAUGAGUUUGAGCGGCAGCAGCCUGUCGCUGGCGUGGACGCUGGCCCCACGAAAGAUGAAGUGGGCAAGGGCAUCACAUGCAAUAAAUUUGGAUUUAAACGUUGGACGUUUUAAAUGCUAUAUAUAGGUUACUUUGAUGUCACAGCUUCCAGAGAAUAUCUCGUCGUAUGCGUGUAUGUGUGUCCUUUAUAGGCAUUAAUUCAAGUUUCCAGUCAUGAUAUCAUUGCAAAGCAAUAUAACCCAAAAUUUAGAGCAUUUAAAAGCUGUAAUACUUUUUCGUCGACGUGGCUGUUGGUUGAAUUCCUAUUGCUGUUUGUGUUUAUGUACUUAUUUUGCUUGUAUCAAUCAAUGGGAAUGUGCAUAUGGUGGACUUAGCUCUUUAGCUCUGUGGAUUUCAAAUUUUAGACCGUGCUCGCCUGCAUGCCAGAGUAUUUGUCCUAAUCUCUCAAGAAAAUAUUUAUUAUGAAACGGGAGAGGUUUGUCUUUUUGUACAUCGAUACAGUGAGACUGUUUUGAGUAGAGAUGUUGUCCGGUCUCUUUUACAAGAUUUUAAAAUUCCUCCAAACGUCAGUAACUCAAUGAGGAACGCACAUGGGCGUUGAAGGGGCGAAGAUGUCGGUCUUCAGGGGCUCCAACCCAAACGAGGUACUUUCUUCAAUCGCAGGGCCGCUGAGACCGACCUUCUCACCCCUUCCUUACUUCAUCAAUCGACCUGAUGAAGUACCAUGUCACCUGCUGUUUUGUUCUCGCUCUGCUCUCGGGCUCUCCAGUGCUGUGGCGCAGCCCUGGUGGCACCUCCACACUCGCAUGUGGUUGGCCUCGAGGGUUCACUGCACAAGGAUUACCUCUUUUUAACCAUUUUUUUUUAACCUAUUCUCUCUGGCCCAGUUAAAAGAGAGCAUGAUGGGUUUUUUUUAAAUUCCUAUUUGAUAUAAAUGGCUUUGUUAUUUGAUAAAUGUGUAUUGUAAUUUAAUUUCUGUUUUUUUGUUUCUCUUACUGGUGUGUGUGUAGCUUUUUGUGCCGUUCUAUUCUCGUGUUCUGAGCUGUGUGACUUGUCUGAUAGCAAUAGUGGGCACUUCCUUUGACCUGCUGGGGAACGCUCCUGUAGUUUCUCCUACCCGGAUGCCCCGCAAGUUGCUGCAUUGCUUUGUGACAUUUUAAAAAAACAACCCUUUUUUAGCCUGCAGGGAAUAUUUGUGUUAUUGUGCAAAUUAAUAAAUUGGUAUUUUAUGCCUAUAACACACAA